AUGACCUGUAUUCGUGGGGUUCUCCAAGAAGUCCUGCGCUUUCUGACUGUGAGCACGCUUUGCAACCUUAAUGGCACAGUUCAGGUUCAGGUUCAGUUUGGCGUCUUGGCCGUGUCCGUUGUGACUCUGAUCCUGGGACUGGGACUGGGACUGGGACUGGACCUGCAAACUUGUCGAAAGCAAGGUGCCCUCACACUCAGCUGUCACCCUCGUCACACCUGUCACAGCUGUCACCCUCACCACACCUGUCACAGCUGUUACCCUCGUCACACCUGUCACAGCAUCACCCUCGUCACACCUGUCACCCUCAUCACACCUGUCACUCUCAUCACACCUGUCACACCUGUCACCCUCAUCACACCCGUCACACCUGUCACCCUCAUCACACCCGUCACACCUGUCACCCUCGUCACACCCGUCACACAUGUCACUCUCAUCACACCUGUCACAGCUGUCACCUUCGUCACACCUGUCACACCGUCACUCUCGUCAGACCUGUCACACCUGUCACCCACGUCAGACCCGUCACACCUGGUGCCGCAGACGUCAUGCCGCGGUCGCUGUUACCAGCCGUAUGACGACGCCACACCUGGCUGCAGAUGUGACAGCGGCUGCGGCGCCGUCGGCAGCUGUUGCCAUGACUACCACGACCUCUGCACCGCCCCCAGUGAACUGUGGGAGUGCACCAGGCUGCGCUGCGGCGAGGCGAGGCUGCCGACCAGCAGGUGUCACUGUUCUGGCGACUGCAUGUCCGCACACGACUGCUGCACCAACUACCAGCAUGUUUGCCUGGGACAACCAGAGUGGGUGGAGGACCAGUGUGACGACCUGUCACGCCCCUCCUGUCCACCAGGCUUCAAGCAGCAGCCGCUUCUUCUGGUCUCGCUGGACGGCCUGCGAGCGGACUACCUGCAGACCUGGAGCGCCCUCAUGCCCGUGUUGACCAAACUCGGGACGUGUGGGACGUCAACUUCAUUCAUGCAAGCGGCUUUUCCCAGCAAGACCUUUCCUAACCACUACACCAUCGUGACGGGUCUGUACCCCGAGUCCAACGGUUUGAUCGACAACGUCAUGUACGAUCCCGUGAUGGACGCCAUCUUCACUUUGUCCGGUCCGGAGAAGGACAACCCGGACUGGUACUUGGGACAACCGAUUUGGCACACAGCAAAGUUCCAGGGACUGAAGUCUGGAACCUUCUUCUGGCCGGGGUCUGACGUGAAAAUAAACGGCAGCUUCCCGGACGUGUAUCGACCUUAUGACGGGAAAAUCCCCUUUGAGGAACGAGUCCUGACGCUGCUCAAGUGGCUUCAGCUGCCGGAGCAGAAGCGACCCGACUUCUUCACGCUCUACUUGGAAGAGCCCGACAAAUCUGGACACAGCUUUGGUCCUGUCAGCGGUGGGGUGGUGGCGGCCAUGAUGGCGGUGGACAAGAUAGUGGGUCAGCUGAUGAACGGGCUGAAGCAGCUGGGUCUUCAUGGCUGUGUGAACAUCAUCAUCCUGGCCGAUCACGGUAUGGAGGAGACCAGCUGUGACAGGAAGGAGGCGCUGGAGGACCUGCUGGGUGACGUCAGCGGUCUCUGGGUCACUGAGGGUCCCUUUGGGCGAGUCCGCUCCAAGGACAAGGACGUCACCUUGGAUGCCGCAGAGCUUGUUGCCAACAUGACGUGCAAAAAGACCAACCAAAAGCUCCGCCCCUAUUUGAAGUCCCACCUUCCCAAGCGUCUGCACUUCGCCAACAGUCGUCGCAUUGAGGACGUCAACGUUCUAGUGGAGCCAAAAUGGCUGUUUGAGAGGCUGCCUGGAUCUCUCACCUUCUGUUCAGGAGGAGCACACGGCUAUGACAAUGAUGCACACAGCAUGCAUGCCAUGUUUGUCAGUCACGGACCAAAGUUCCACUCCCGCCUCCAAGUGGAGCCUUUUUCCAACAUCGAGCUGUACAACCUCAUGUGUGACGUGCUUGAGAUCCUCCCCAGCGACAACAACGGGACACACGGCAGCAUGAACCACUUCCUGCGAGAACCCUUCUACUCACCGCUGCCCCCGCUGGAGCAGAGUGGACCUGCACAGUGCAGCCUCACCAGCCUGCAGCCCACCGACCAGCUGGGCUGCAGCUGCCCCGCCCUGAGUGCAGAUGAUGUCAUCACCGCCAACCGCCGCCUCAAUCUGACAUCAACACAAGAGUCAGCGUUGGUGAAGAAGCACGCCAUGUUCGGGCGACCUCGUGUGCUGCGCCCUGAGGAGCGAUACUGUGUGCUGCACCAUCAGGCCUACGUCAGCGCCUACAGCCAGGACGCCAUGAUGCCACUCUGGACCUCCUUCACGCUGGACAAGACGGCCGACUUACUUCCUGUGAAGCCCGACUGUCUGCGGCCUGACGUCAGACUUCCUGCGUCUCAGAGUCGCCGUUGUGACCUCUAUGGCGACCUGCGACCUGGCUUCCUCUACCCCCCCCGGCUGAGUGGCAGUGAGGAGCAGAGGUACGACGCCCUGCUGAGCAGCCAGGUGGCGCCCAUGUACCCCCACUUCCUCAGGGUGUGGUCUUACUUCCAGCACACGCUGCUGAGGAAGUACGCCGCCAUCUACAACGGCAUCAACGUGCUGACAGGCCCCGCCUUCGACCACGACCAUGAUGGACGCCACGACGCGCAGUGGGCGUCUGCGGGCAACGGCUCCGCCCCCACGCACUUCUUCGCCGUGCUGACCAGCUGCAAGGACGUGCGGCAGCCUGUGAGCGCCUGUGAUGGCGAGCUGCACGCCAUCGCCUUCCUGCUGCCUCACAGGCCUGACAACUCUGACAACUGCCAGGCUGUGGCUCCGCCCCCUUCCUUCACAGGCUUGCAGUCAAGACGUCUGCAGCUUCUUCUGGUUGGCACGUGUCGCUAUGACAACCAGGAGCCCCGGACUUUCCCGGACCUCUUCCACGCCUCUGCGGAUGUGGACUCCCCAAGUGGUCUGGCCCGGUACCUGGAGGGCCACCCUGCUGGCGGCACUCGCUCCGAGUUCUGCAGCGGCUCGGCUCUGUGCCCGGGUGGCGCCGGCUCAGUGGCGACCAUCUGGAUCCCGCCGCUGGAAACCACCACCGCUUCCUGUUGGCGUGGAGGGGACGACUCGGCGCCCAACCUGGGUCCUCGCUGGCAGAACUUCCUGAUCCACCAUAUAAGGGAGCACUUCCUGCUUGACCAUAUGAGGGUGCACUUCCUGCUUGUCUUUCAUAGGGUAAAUUGCCUGCUCGACCAUAUAAGGGCGCACUUUCUGCUUGGCUUCUAUAGGGAAGACUUCCUGCUUGACCAUAUAAGGGUGCACUUCCUGCUUGACCAUAUAAGGGUGCACUUUCUGCUUGGCUUCUAUAGGGAAGACUUCCUGCUUGACCAUAUAAGGGCGCACUUUCUGCUUGGCUUUUAUAGGGAAGACUUCCUGCUCGACCAUAUAAGGGCGCACUUUCUGCUUGGCUUUUAUAGGGAAGACUUCCUGCUCGACCAUAUAAGGGUGCACUUCCUGCUCGACCAUAUAAGGGUGCACUUUCUGCUUGGCUUUUAUAGGGAAGACUUCCUGCACCACCAUAUGGGGGGGCACUUCCUGCACGACCUUCAUAGGGUAAACUUCCUGCUCGACCAUAUAAGGGGGUACUUCCUGCACCGCCAUAUAAAGAGGCACUUCCUGCUUGAGCCUCAUAGGGCAAAGGUCCUGCAGGACGGUAACCACCUACACGGCCACCAGAGGACUGACGAGGACCUCCAGCGUCCAGAGCAGACUGCAGGUCCUGGAAGACACCAGCAGGGCGCCCAGAACCGAGGUGAGCUGCAGGAGGUCCGGACCGAGGGGAACCUCGGAGACCUGCAAGACGCUCAGACGUCCUGCGGCUGUCAGACGCUGGCGGGGGAGGGGAGAAGAUGUCACCUUAGUGCAGGGGUACAGGUCUUACCUGGCAGGUGUCGCUAUGACAACCAGGAGCCCCGGACUUUCCCGGACCUCUUCCACGCCUCUGCGGAUGUGGACUCCCCAAGUGGUCUGGCCCGGUACCUGGAGGGCCACCCUGCUGGCGGCACUCGCUCCGAGUUCUGCAGCGGCUCGGCUCUGUGCCCGGGUGGCGCCGGCUCAGUGGCGACCAUCUGGAUCCCGCCGCUGGAAACCACCACCGCUUCCUGUUGGCGUGGAGGGGACGACUCGGCGCCCAACCUGGGUCCUCGCUGUCAGAACUUCCUGAUCCACCAUAUAAGGGAGCACUUCCUGCUUGACCAUAUGAGGGUGCACUUCCUGCUUGUCUUUCAUAGGGUAAAUUGCCUGCUCGACCAUAUAAGGGCGCACUUUCUGCUUGGCUUCUAUAGGGAAGACUUCCUGCUCGACCAUAUAAGGGUGCACUUCCUGCUCGACCAUAUAAGGGUGCACUUUCUGCUUGGCUUUUAUAGGGAAGACUUCCUGCUUGACCAUAUAAGGGUGCACUUUCUGCUUGGCUUCUAUAGGGAAGACUUCCUGCUCGACCAUAUAAGGGUGCACUUUCUGCUCGACCAUAUAAGGGUGCACUUUCUGCUUGGCUUUUAUAGGGAAGACUUCCUGCUCGACCAUAUAAGGGUGCACUUUCUGCUUGGCUUUUAUAGGGAAGACUUCCUGCUCGACCAUAUAAGGGCGCACUUUCUGCUUGGCUUUUAUAGGGAAGACUUCCUGCUCGACCAUAUAAGGGUGAACUCCCUGCACCACCAUAUGGGGGGGCACUUCCUGCACGACCUUCAUAGGGUAAACUUCCUGCUCGACCAUAUAAGGGGGUACUUCCUGCACCGCCAUAUAAAGAGGCACUUCCUGCUUGAGCCUCAUAGGGCAAAGGUCCUGCAGGAAGGUAACCACCUACACGGCCACCAGAGGACUGACGAGGACCUCCAGCGUCCAGAGCAGACUGCAGGUCCUGGAAGACACCAGCAGGGCGCCCAGAACCGAGGUGAGCUGCGGGAGGUCCAGACCGAGCAGAACCUCGGAGACCGGCAAGACGCUCAGACGUCCUGCGGCUGUCAGACGCUGGCGGGGGAGGGGAGAAGAUGUCACCUUAGUGCAGGGUGGAAGCAGGACAACACAAGAGACUCACCUGUGACAUGUUUCAGCAGCAGCAGCAGCAGCAACACCCGUGACCUGGCAGCAGGAAGUCAAGAUCACACAUCAGGGCUGAGUGGCAGUGAGGAGCAGAGGUACGACGCCCUGCUGAGCAGCCAGGUGGCGCCCAUGUACCCCCACUUCCUCAGGGUGUGGUCUUACUUCCAGCACACGCUGCUGAGGAAGUACGCCGCCAUCUACAACGGCAUCAACGUGCUGACAGGCCCCGCCUUCGACCACGACCAUGAUGGACGCCACGACGCGCAGUGGGCGUCUGCGGGCAACGGCUCCGCCCCCACGCACUUCUUCGCCGUGCUGACCAGCUGCAAGGACGUGCGGCAGCCUGUGAGCGCCUGUGAUGGCGAGCUGCACGCCAUCGCCUUCCUGCUGCCUCACAGGCCUGACAACUCUGACAACUGCCAGAGUGCACAAGACGAGGCCGUGUGGGUGGAAGAGCACAUUUGGUUCCACCAGUCCCGAGUGCGAGACGUGGAGUGGAUGACAGGACUGGACUUGUACCAGGACAGUCCUCGACCAAUCACGGAGCUGCUGCGGCUGAAGACCCGCCCCACAGCUGCCAAUCAAAAACCAAUAAAACAAUCUUGA